AUGAGUGCUGAUGAGGGCGUGCUUGGUGCAGUAGGAACGAGUGAGUUGACGGACGUGAUCGACGAGCAAGAACGAGUGCUGACGAGGACUGAAUGGAGUGCAGCGGAGGAUGAGCUAGCUGUCCAGCUUGUCGGGAGAGUGCCGCCAUCAUUUGAUGCCCCCGGACCGCACUAUUUCAAUCUGCUCAAGCGAUGGCUCAAUACUGCGAUGUAG